GCGGAUUCCCGGGUUCCUGGCGGCCCACGAGCGACCCUCCCCGCUCCCGGCGGCUGCUGGCUCCCUUCCUCCGGCCCGGGGGACCGGGCGGGACAUGGCCUCGGCCACGGUGGCAGCAGCAAGACGGAGCCUCGGCCGGGCCCCUCCGCUCCUCCUCCAGCGCGGCUACCUGACGGAGAGGGGUGUCUACGGCUACCGGCCGAGGAAGCCCGAGAGCCGGGAGCCCCGGGGCGGCCUAGCGCGCCCCCCAGUUGAUCAUGGCCUUGCCAGGUUGGUGACAGUAUACUGUGAGCAUGGUCAUAAAGCUGCCAAAAUCAACCCCCUCUUCACUGGACAAGCCCUGCAGGAGAAUGUGCCUGAAAUCCAAGCCCUCGUGCAGACCCUGCAGGGACCCUUUAACACCGCAGGAUUAUUGAACAUGGGGAAGGACGAGGCCUCUCUUGAGGAAAUAUUAGCCUAUCUCAACCAAAUCUACUGUGGGCAGAUUUCUAUCGAAACCUCCCAACUUCAGAGCCAGCAGGAGAGAGACUGGUUUGCCAAGCGGUUUGAGAAACUGAAAAAGGAGACAUUUACCACAGAAGAACGAAAACAUCUGUCAAAACUAAUGCUAGAAUCUCAGGAGUUUGACCACUUUUUGGCCACCAAGUUUGCCACAGUGAAGCGAUAUGGAGGCGAAGGAGCUGAAAGCAUGAUGGGCUUUUUCCAUGAGUUGCUGAAACUGUCAGCCUACGGUGGGAUAACCGAUGUUAUUAUCGGGAUGCCCCACAGAGGAAGGCUUAAUUUAUUGACAGGCCUUCUGCAGUUCCCUCCAGAGCUGAUGUUCCGUAAAAUGCAAGGCUUAAGUGAAUUUCCAGAAAAUGUCUCAGCCAUUGGAGAUGUCCUGUCUCACCUGACCUCCUCGGUUGACCUGGACUUUGGAGCGCACCAUCCCCUCCACGUGACAAUGCUGCCUAACCCCUCACACCUGGAAGCUGUUAACCCCGUGGCUGUCGGCAAGACUCGUGGAAGGCAGCAGUCUAGACAGGAUGGGGACUACUCUCCAGAUAGUUUGGCUCAGCCUGGGGACAAAGUCAUUUGCUUACAGGUUCAUGGUGAUGCUUCUUUCUGUGGUCAAGGGAUUGUUCCUGAAACAUUUACGCUCUCUAAUCUCCCACAUUUCAGAAUUGGUGGGAGUGUCCAUUUGAUUGUCAAUAACCAGCUGGGUUACACCACUCCGGCAGAAAGAGGGAGGUCUUCCUUAUACUGUAGUGAUAUCGGGAAGCUUGUGGGCUGCGCCAUCGUCCAUGUCAAUGGAGAUAGCCCAGAGGAAGUGGUUCGUUCCGCUCGGCUGGCAUUUGAAUACCAGCGCCAGUUCCGGAAGGAUGUGAUUGUUGAUUUGUUAUGCUACAGGCAAUGGGGCCACAACGAGCUGGAUGAGCCCUUCUUUACCAACCCGGUCAUGUACAAAAUCAUCAGAGCCCGAAAGAGCAUCCCAGACACAUAUGCAGAGCACCUUGUUGCCAGUGGACUCAUGACCCAGGAGGAGAUAUCGGAAAUCAAAGCCUCCUACUAUGCAAAGCUAAAUGACCAUUUAACUAACAUGGCCCACUACAGCCCCCCUGCCAGCAACCUGCAGGCCCAUUGGUGGGGCCUGGUUCAGCCGGAAGCUUGCAUUACUACCUGGAACACAGGUGUGCCCCUCGACCUCCUGCGGUUUAUCGGCGGGAAGUCCGUGGAGGUGCCGGAGGAGCUCCAAAUGCACAGUCACCUUCUGAAGGUGUAUGCUCAGUCCAGAAUGGAGAAAGUGAUGGAUGGAACAAAGUUAGACUGGGCCACAGCAGAAGCUCUGGCCUUCGGCUCAUUGCUUGCUCAAGGUUUUAAUAUUCGUCUGAGUGGCCAAGAUGUUGGCCGUGGAACUUUCAGUCAGAGGCACGCAAUGGUUGUUUGCCAGGAGACCGAUGACACCUAUAUCCCUCUGAACCAUAUGGACCCUAAUCAGAAGGGGUUUCUUGAGGUCAGCAACAGCCCGCUGUCCGAAGAGGCUGUCCUGGGAUUUGAGUAUGGGAUGAGCAUUGAAAGCCCUAAGUUACUGCCGAUCUGGGAGGCUCAGUUUGGGGAUUUCUUCAAUGGUGCCCAGAUCAUCUUUGACACGUUCAUCUCUGGAGGAGAGGCCAAGUGGCUCCUCCAGACUGGUAUUGUUAUUCUCCUUCCCCACGGGUACGACGGGGCCGGACCCGACCACUCCUCUUGUCGCAUAGAGCGUUUCCUGCAGAUGUGUGACAGCGUAGAAGAGGGGGUAGAUGGAGACACGGUGAACAUGUUCGUGGUGCACCCGACUACUCCUGCACAGUAUUUCCACUUGCUUCGGAGACAAAUGGUCCGGAACUUCAGAAAACCCCUGAUUGUUGCUUCUCCUAAGACGUUACUCAGGUUCCCUGCAGCUGUGUCAACUCUUCAAGAAAUGGCACCAGGAACAACAUUCAAACCGGUCAUUGGUGAUUCAUCUGUGGAUCCAAAAAAUGUUAAGAGUCUAGUGUUCUGCAGUGGCAAACAUUUCUAUGCCCUACUGAAGCAGAGAGAAUCUUUGGAGGCCAAGAAGCAUGACUUUGCCAUCAUCCGAAUAGAGGAACUCUGCCCUUUCCCAUUGGAUUCAUUACAACAGGAGAUGAGCAAAUAUAGACAUGUUAAAGAUUUUAUUUGGAGUCAGGAGGAGCCUCAGAACAUGGGUCCGUGGUUUUUUGUUUCUCCCAGGUUUGAAAAGCAGCUGGCCUGCAAGCUCCGUCUUGUGAGCAGACCCCCUUUGCCAGCACCCGCUGUCGGAAUUGGCACCGUUCACCUGCAGCAGCAUGGAGAUGUCCUCACCAAGACCUUCGCUUGCUGAAGUCCUUUGAAGAAACCCUACUUCCUUUAAAAAAACUGCCAUAGAAGGAAAGGCCUUCUUCUAUUCUCUCCUCCUUCUGUUAGGUAACAUGAGAAGACUGGAUUCCUCUAAGAUGUUGGGACUGAUGAGGACAGUUUAAUUUGGAAUAUGUGGAAUAGUCAAGGGAAUCGUUCAUCAGUACAGGAAUCCGAAAAGUAACUUUUUUUUUUCUGGUGAGGAAGAUUGGCCCUGAGCUGACAUCUGUGCUAAUCUUCCUCUAUUUUGUAUGUGGGACACUGCCUCAGCAUGACUUGAUGAGCGGUGUGGAGGUCUGCACCCAGGAUCCAAACCCACAAACCUCGGCCACUGAAGCAGAGUGCACAAACUUAACCACUACACCACAGGGCUGGGCCCCCCCGCCCCCACCCUCCACCAACAAGUAACUUUUAUCCUUAAAAAUACACUAAUGUUUCUUUUGGUUAGAUCUGAGUGAGUUGUAUAGCUACGCCCUUAUCCAGAUUUUUUCAGGCUCCCCUCUUUCUAAUUAACUUUAUAUACCCAGGAAAAGUUCUUUAGCCUGAAUUUACAUCUACAUAUAGAUUACCUCAAUGAUUUGUUUGGUGCAUGUCACUUUCGUUAAUUUUAUUCAAAGUCCUGUGACCACCACUAUUUUUGUUUUAUGUCAUCUCUGGUGCUGCUUUCCAGCCACUGUGAAAAAUGUUUCACCAAACACUGUAGCAAAACUAAAUUGAUUUGUGUCCUUCAAGAUCAUUGUUUUACCCAUUAUCCUUAAGUACAGGUCCUAUUAAAUAUAAACUCUGGGUGUAUGAUCCUCUAGCAUGGUAUUACUAAGUUAAGGAGUUUUAGCUACAGUGAAAUUGAUUUGUGGUCUACUUUGCCAUAGUCUAUAUCUUUUUUUCCCCCUAAAUUGUUCUAGUAAUGAUAUCUUAAUAUUUUUAAUUUACUUUGGGUGUCUGAUAUGGGUAUUUCCGCCCUUGGUUAAUCAGUCUUGCCUCUAAAAGUCCCUGCUGUGGUGUGAUGUUUAUUUGUGGUAUUUAACUUUGACAGGGGGGACUUCCCAACACCAGGUACUUGGGGAUUUCUAGAGAUCACCAACCCAUUCCCUUAUUCUGAAAUUAAAUUUAGCACUGGAAGCGUAACUAGACAGCAGCAAACUGUAGCUUUACGUGGCGUGGUGCUGCAGAGGCUCUGUCAUCUACCAUUCUUGUGCGGUGACACUGUUGUUCUCAGAAACCAUGGGGGAAGUACCAAGCCACUGGAACGCCCCCUCCACUUUUACUGGCAGCUGGUUAUGUCUUUCACAAUCAAUGUAGAGGUUGUUCUGGCUGCAGCAGUAGAUUCAUGAUUCACAUCUUAAAUGUGUGCAUUAGUGUAUUGAUAUAACAUUUCUGUGAUAUUCACUAUCCCUUUUAUUUCUGUACACCUUAAUGCUUCCUUCCUGUGUCAAGCCUUACAGAUCAUGUAAUUUAGUGCCACUCAUGUAAAUCAGUAAAAUUACAAAGUUCUAUUUAAUGAAAACUGUUAUCAAUGUUGUAUAUUGAAUUAUAAAAAAAUAAAAGCACAGCGUCAUUGUUUUCAGAGCUCUUGGUUUCUUGAGUUAAAAAAUUUCAAAGUCUAGGUUUUUUUUUGUACUUUAGUUUCGAUCUCUACACAUUUCUAACUUUACACCUCACUAGUCUGUUUAUGGUUUCUUGUUACAUCUUCUCCAACUUGAGCCAUGAAAUGUGUCUUCUGUAUCUUAACCUUCUUACUCGCAAUCACCACUGCAAUAUGGGUCAGCAUUUUGAAUUACCUUGGAGGAAGGGACCAUUUGAAGAAUUCCCAAUCAAAUACUCCCAUAAUAAAGCAUGGGAUAAAAAUAUUAUAAUAAAGUAAAAUAAAAAUAUUUUACUUUGUUCCUCUUAAAAAUUUGAUAAUGUGAUAUUUGUAUCCCAUUUACAACUAGGCUAAAUUUCAUAUUCAAUGAAGAUGAGUUCAAAUUGGGUAUUCAGUGAAUAGAA